ACCGGUAGCGGACCUCUGUUUUCCGGUAGCGUCAGAUGAGCGUAAGAGCGUAGCAGAGAAAGAAUAUAAGUAUCAAAAGCCGCAACAAACAGCAGGAAAAAUUAAUCUAAAAACACAGAAGUAUGGCUGUGAACACGGGCACCUCUCUCGUCCUCUCCAGCCUGCUGUCAGUGCUGGUGUUUGCAGGAAUGCAGAUGUUCAGCAGACAGCUGGGCUCCUCCGAGUGGCUCACCAUCCUAGGAGGCUUUCUGGGCUCGAUCCUCUUCAUCUGCUCGCUCACUGCCUUCAACAAUCUAGAGAAUCUUGUUUUUGGGAAGGGGUUCCAGGCCAAGAUUUUCCCAGAAAUUCUCCUGUGCCUAUGUGUAUCUCUUUUUGCUUCUGGGCUAGUGCACCGUGUUUGUGUUACAACCUGUUUGAUAUUCUCUCUCUUUGCCCUGUACUACAUAAACAAGGUCUCAGCAGCUCUCUACCAAGCUGCCGUUCCUGUUGUAACACCAGCCAAAACAGCCAGCAAGGGAAAGAGGAAGAACUGACAACAUUCAUAGCCAGCCAGCAAUAGUUCCUACAGUUACCAGUUGACAUCUUUUUUUCAGCUUCUCAGAAAUUUUACAUUCUGAUACCCCCUUCCCCUCCUGCAUUUGUUACAUCCCCCUUUUCUUCACCCUACAUUUUCAUUCAUUGAUGUAACUGAAUCCCAAAAUAAUUAAAAUA